AUGGCUUUUGUUUUAAAUUGGAUUUAUCCCCUAUUCUUAAAAGGAUUUCAAAAAGACAUUCAUUUAAAUGAUUUAUACAAAUGCUCUAAAAGUGAGAAUUCAGAGCAUCUUUUGCUGAAACUUGAGAGGAAUUGGGAACAGGAGUUAUCAAAAGUGAAUCCAAGUUUCACCAGAGCCACGAUUAAAACAUUUAUUCCUUACAUAUACGCCCCAACUGUCAUAUUUAUAAUAUGGACGUGUUUGGUAUUGAAUUGUUCAGCUCUUUUGAUCGGACGUGUAGUCCGCUAUCUAUCAGAUUCCAAGACAAUGGCUUACAGGACAGCAUGUGUUUAUGCUGCCGGUGUCAUCCUAACAGCUAUAAUCAAUACCUUGAUCUACCAUCCCUUCUGUCUAAUGGGCUAUAGGACAGCACUGAAAGUGCGGGUCAGUUGGUGUUCAAUCAUUUACAAGAAGUCAUUGCGAUUGAAGACAUCGGCCUUUGAGAAGACAACUGUCGGACAGAUUGUGAAUCUCGUGACUAACGAUGUCUCCAGAUUUAAUGAGGUCUCACUUCAACACAUAUUUCUUGAUUCCGGUAAAAGUGAAUCGCCUUUCAGAUUACAGAAUACGUCUAAUGAAUGA